GUCAAAAUCAGCUGUAUUGUGAUAAGUUUGACAACCGACUACCGUAGCCGGCGGUGAAAACAAAUAAGAACUCCAAAGUAAACAAAUAUUCAAAGAUUAAUUGUUUAUUUGUGAUUGAAUAAUCAAAUGUAGUAGUUUUGUAAGAAUUUUAUAAAGUUAAGGUGGUGCAUAACAGCUAUUACUUUCAAAAUCAUGGCACAUAAUAGUUUACAUCAAGAACCAAACUGUAAACCACUCGAUACUUACGAUGAAAUCAUAUCGUUUCUCGAAAAUCCUCCCUCAUGGAGGUCUCUGUGUAAAGAGAUGACCCCCCACAGCAAGAAGAAGAUCAGGAAUAUGUCUUUGAAUACUUUAGUGGGUCCGAUAGGUCCUGAUAGACCGCCUACUUUCUGCCACUUCAAUCCGGACUCCGAGGACGUGGAGAGACACAACGCAGACUCGUUACCGAAGACGCUGGUAUGCCACGACAUGGCGAAUGGUUAUCACGACGACAGCAUGAUUGACGGCACCUCCAACCACCUAGCGUACACAUUCUACCACUGGGCAGGCAUUGACAUCUUCUGCUACUUCAGCCACCACCUGAUCACCAUCCCGCCGCUGGGCUGGAUCAAUGUGGGCCACGCUCAUGGGGUCAAAGUUAUUGGCACAGUAAUAACCGAAUGGACUGAAGGCUAUGACUUCUGGGAGUAUGUGCUGUCUUCAGAGAGCCAGUAUCAGGAGCUGGCCAAUGCCCUGGUCUCCAUCGCGAAGCUGCUGAAGUUUGACGGGUGGUUGCUUAAUGUGGAAAACAAGGUGUCAAAACCCCUGGUGCUGGUGGAGUUCGUGCGGUUCCUCCACCAGCGGCUGCACGAGGAGCUCCCGGAGCCCGAGCUGGUCUGGUACGACAGCGUCACCAUCAAGGGCAACCUCAACUGGCAGAACGGGCUUAAUGAGAACAACAAAGACUUCUUCGACGUGUGCGACGGCUUCUUCACGAACUACUCGUGGAAGGAGGAGGACAUAGAGAGCAGCGUGGAGAUGGCCGGAGACAGGCUGCGUGAUCUGUUCAUCGGUAUUGAUGUAUGGGGGAGGAACUUCUAUGGAGGAGGGCAGUUUAAUACGGCUGCGGCGGUAGAACUGGCGAGCGGCUACGGCUGCUCCCUGGCGAUCUUCGCGCCGGCGUGGACGCACGAGACGGCGGACCAGCGCGACGCGGACAUCGCCCUCGCCGACGACCUCUGCUCCGGGCAGAACGUGGAGCUCCGCGAGAGGGCGCUGUGGGGCUCCCUGUGGCCGUAUCUGAACACGAACCUGCCCUGCCAACUGCCAUUCCAGAGUUCCUUCUGUAGGGGACAAGGCACUAAGCGGAGAUUGUACGGAGAGGUGUUCAGCCCGGGGCCGUGGUACAACCUGCGCCACAUGCAGUACCAGCCCAACUCGGCGUACGGCCCGCACGGCUACCUGCUGUCCACGCCGGAGACCAUUGCUGCUGUAUCCCGCAGCGCCAUCGUGCGGGACAAGAAGGGCAUCAUCAAGUUCCAGCCGGCGUUCGAGAUGAGCAGGCACGAACUGCACUCGGUGCACAGCUCCCGGGAGCUGCAGCAGGAGCACCGCGACAGCAUGAUCAUCUGCACCAUCGACGAGGAGGAGCGCCCGAGGGAAUCUGACAGGAAGCAUUCCAUGAAGAAUGUCUUCAAGCAGAUGUUCAGGAUGAAAUCGCGUCGGCGCUCCGUGAACCCUGAAGAGGAACCUGAUCAUCCUCAAGACAAUACAGGCUCCCCCCACGGCCACCUCCACGUCCACCUCCCGGACGAACCGCCCGGCCAACCCACCGACCAACCUCCCGGCCAACCCUCGAACCAGUUGCCCGACCAAUCCGACGACCAGUCGCCGGACAAAUCCGACGAGCCCACCCAGAGACACACAGACUUAACCCUCGAGCGCUCGCACGCGAUGAUGGCGCAUUCGUGGCAAGACAUCAAGGCGGCGUGGUCCAUGAAGCAGCUGUCGGUGAACCUGAAGCUGUCGCAGCCGCACAAGCUGCGGCUGGCGCUGGCCUGCGUGCCGGGCGAGCGGCCCUGCCUGGAGCCCUAUUACGAGGACAGCUAUAUUGGGGGCUCCAGCCUGCUGGUGAGCCCGGCGGACCAGCUGUCGCCGGCGCUGCGCUGGGCGCGGCUGCUUCACUGCGAGUUCCCGGUGGCGGGGCAGCUCGUGCUCUGCGUGGUCACCAAGACGCUGCCCGACUGCGACUCGCAGUAUCUUAAUGUUAAGCUGUUCGCGCGAUCGCCCUCCUCCCAAGAGAUCCGCGUCACGUGCGUGGGCCGCGACGUUCCCGGCGAAGGGAGGCCUUCCCCCCUCACCCUAUCCCUGUAUCCCCUAUCUGACGGGCCGCGGCUGAAGCAGCUGCAGAAGUACCUGCUCCUCAACCAGCCAGGGUUCUACAUGUCGCCGGAGAACUGCUUCGGCUGGAGAGUCAGAUACUACAUAGCGCCCCUGGACUCGUCCGUGGUGACUUCUGUCAACCUCCGCUGCGGACUCAGCUCGGGCUCCAUUCUGCUGGGUCACAUCGGGCUGUGCUUGCGGAGAGAGGAAACUGAGGACGUUACAAACAGGAUCGAUGAGAUGCCCCGCCCCACACGGCAGGUCCUGGAGUCACCGCAUCAGAUGAACGUGACCACACAAACGUCCACAACUCUCGGCGCCAACAGCCCCGGGCUCAUAAAGUCAGUGGGAGUGGACCCCGCCUGGACCGGGGCUCCCCAGGGCUCCAGGGGGGUCGCCGUGGAACAAAGAGACUCAAAACGAAUUGGAACCAUCGUUUUUGAGGAUCCCGACGUACAGGUAGACGAAGGGAAGUUGCAGAAUUCAAAAGGGAAUGAAAAUUCCUAGUCCUUAUUUAGUGUGCAACCUAUAACAUGUUGAUUAAAGAUAUACUUGUAUAAUUAAGUUCAGACUAUCUAGUGACAUUCCAAUAUUCUAACUAUUAAUAAUAAUAAAUAAAUAAAUAUAUACGGGACAAAUUACACAGAUUGAGUUAGCCUCGAAGUAAGUUCGAGACUUGUGUUACGAGAUACUAACUCAACGAUACUAUAUUUUUAUAAUAUAGUAUUAUGUAGAUAAACAUCCAAGAGAGGCCAAUCAGAGAAAGUUCUUUUCUCAUCAUGCCCUGGCCGGGAUUCGAACCCGGGACCUCCGGUGUCACAGACAAGUUCACUACCGCUGCGCCACAGAGGCCGUUAGUAAUAAUAAAACUCGUAAUUUAUAAAUUGUGUAGUCCCUGUAAAUCGUCUUCCCACGACAACGUGCCCAGAAGGCUGGUUGCAUUGCCACGUUGAAUGGCAAUGCUUAAUCUUUGACUUGAGAAGUUUCCAGCCCUCUGGUCUAAUGGCCUUGUAUAAUAAUGUACAUGAUUAUAAAUAUACUUUUUGAUUAUAAAUAUGAAUGAAUGCUUCAAAUAAGAUACUUUUUGUACGCCCGGAUCUGUUCUUAGGUAACCUAAGGGUGACUUCGUUCUAAUUUGGAUGCAAACAGGACAAAUACUAGAAUAAUUAUGAUUAUGAGUUACAGUAAAUGUAUAUCUACAUCGUGACCCUGUCUCUCUAUCUACAUAUAUUCUAGGGAGUAUACAUAAUGUAAUAUAUGACGUGUCUUUGACAUUGAAAAUUUAUUUUUUCCCUAAUAUUAAGGAA